AUGGCAAAUAAUCAUCAAACAGUAAAAGAAAUUCUUAAAUUCCUGGAAGAUGGGGAGAAGAAGGUAACAUUAAGUGGUCAUAAAGACAUAAUUUUGGUUCUGGGUAAUACCGGUUCCGUGGAAACAUCCCAAUCAAAAAGAGGCUCUUUUGUUAUUGUUGGCGAUGAAAGAAUUCUAGAUGGUACCACUUCAAAAACUAUCUAUCCCGAAAUGGCUCUUGGUAACGGAAAUGUUUAUUAUGACUGUCCCGGUUUCGAUGACACAAGAGGUGUUGAGAAUGAUAUAUCUGGCAUAUAUUUUGUUAAGAAAGUCAUAGAGCAUUCUAAAAGAUUAAAGAUCAUUUUAACAAUAGAUGACUCAUUGUUCUUUGAUAGUAGAACUGAAUUUCCUAAACUCAUCGAACAUAUUAGUUCUUUCAUCAGAGAUAUAUCAAAAUUUGAAAACAGCAUUCUUUUGAUUUUUACUAAAGUAGAUACGGGUACUCAAACAGUUAAAGAGUAUAAAAACGAAAUUUUGGAUGCUCUAAUAAAAGAUGAUCUAGAAAAUCUAUAUAUUAAAAAACUCCGUAAUAUUUAUGAACACAUCGGCAAAUUAACUACUCAUAAAGAAUUUGUUCAGAUGAUAAUUGAUGAAAUGGAUAAACUUCAAAUCGAAUUACAUAUAACGAGCGAAAAAAGAAUUACAGCCAUCAUGAACGAUGGAUCUUACUUUGACUUUUUAAAAACAGUAAAAUCGGAAAUAACUACCACUCCUGGAAAAUGGAUAAGAGGAUUCGACAAUCUUAUUCGAACAAAACUUUCUAUUACUUGUAUUUCACCUCGUUGGAAAAUACAUAAUAAGUGUGAAAUAGGAUUGGAUGGUGUAUCAGGCUCAUCACAUUCUCCACUCAAGGCUAACAAUGGUAAAGAUAAUACCGACAAUCGUUUAUCAUUACAAGGAGAAAUUGGAAAACCUGGAUUACCUGGUGGAAAUGCUGGAAAUUUUUUAGGAGUAUACAAAGAAAUUAAUAACAGAAACGGUUUGAUAAUUACAGCCGAUGGAGGAAAAGGAGGUCCUGGGCAGAAUGGUGGUGAUGGUGGAAAUGGAAAAGAUGGAGACGAUUUUAAGGUUGAUAACGUUAGAAAUCAAAGAUAUCAAAAAGAAACGUUAGAUCCUUUUCCAAAUACAAGAAGUGGUAGAGGAGGUUAUAAUGGUUAUAUCGAACUAAUCAAUACACAAAAUAGACAAGAAUUGACCGAUCUUACAUCCAGAAAACCAGAGAAUGUAGGCGAUCGUGGUAUAGGAGGUAAAGGUGGAUCAGGUGGCAAAAAAGGAAACGGCGAAGAGGUGAAAUACCAUGAAGAAACUGGCAUGUUUAAAACAGAUUUUUAUUGGACUAAAAUACAAGACCUUCCAACUAACACAAGAGCUAUUUCUGGAAAGGAUGGUAUAGAUAAUAAAAAUGAUCAAACCAUUUGUCUCCCAGAAAAACGAUUCGAACGUUGUAAUUUUGCUAUCGACGUUAAUAACUACAAAAAGUUUUUAAGAUCAAAUCUCGAUAAUCCUUUUAAAGUUGAACUUCUCACGAGAUUUAUUCAAGAGAUAGAAUUUCAUCCUAAAAUUCAUUCCACUUACAAUACAAUCGGAUUAUUUGGCGAUAUGGAAAUCUUGGAAAAUAAUUUCUACGAUUUAGUUGAUCGUAAGAUUAAUAUUUUACCUUUUUACGAAUCAUUUCUUGAGCGCAUUACAAAGUACACUACAGAAACCAACAAACAAUAUUACUCUGCUUAUGCUCAAAGCGAAUUUACUUCUACGCACAACAAAUCUUACAAAAAAGCACUUGAAUAUCUUUACACUAAUCUAUUGAGUAAAACUUGGAGUUUAAAAUCCACUCAGGCACCUUUUUUGAUAGUAGAUAUAAACAAGUAUUUCAAAAUAGUAACAGAAAGCAUCGAAUUAUUAAAAGAAAAAGAAGAACAAAUUGCCAUUAUUAAAUAUCAGAACGAAUUUAAAAAAAACAUCGAUGGUCCUGUAGGUGCUGGAAUAAGUGCUGCAGCAGGUGGAGCUAUUAUGAUAUCUGAAACUUUCAUUUUGGACGAUAACACCAGCGAUAUGAAACCAAUUUCUUUGCCUUCAGGAAUAAAAACCUCUUAUCAAGAAUUAGCAAAGAGAUUUAACGAUAAAUACGCCAAUGAAGCAAAAAUAUUUAAACAACAAUUAGAAGUAGUGGAAAAAGAAAUAGAAAAUUAUAAAGAAUUUGAAGAUAUAAACGGAGAAAUAAAAAGAAUAAAAGAUGAAAUUAAACUUAUCGAAGAUGCCGAACCUAAUCCUACUCCCGAUAAUAAUUCAAAUGAACCUAGUACUUCCAAUGAUAAUUUAAUUGAACCUAAUACUUCUUCCAAAGAUAAAAUAGACAAACUAAAAAAGGAAUUAAAGGAUGUACUGAAAAAUAAAAAAAAUUCAUUGAAGGAAGAAGAAUCACACGCUAAUCAAAAAAACAAAGAUAUAUUAAAAAAAGUAGAAUACGUUAAUAAUUUAAUCAGAAUCGCCGAAUUAGGUGUUGACUUAUACAGUAAACUCCAAAUUGAUAAACAGAAAUUAAAUGUUAUAAAUGACAAUGUUAAAGAAUUAGAUAACGAUUUUAAUCGUUUAAAAGAUUAUGAAGAUGGUAUAUAUAAAAUUAUUAAACCUAUAUUACAAGAAAUAAAAGAUGAUAUUAUAAAAGUUGAGAAAAACGAAGGCAAAUCCCACGCGUCUUUAGAUUUCAGCAAAUGGCUUAUACAAAGUAAGAUAAGAGAUAUCAAUAACCAAUUAAAACAAGCUACAAAGGAAUUUAAGGCACAAUACAUCGCAAAUAUUAGAUCUCCAACUAUUGAUUCGAUAUAUAUUCAAGACUAUGCUCUAAAAGAGGCUACCAUUCGAGUAGAAAAAGCAAUUCAACUUAAUAUCGUACUAGGCCAAUACAAUAACGCCAUUAAUGCCUUUAAACAAUGGGUCUUCCCAUUUGGAUUUUUAUAUCACCAAGAAUAUAAACUACCGGAUAGUAUGGCUUUAACGAAAAAUAAUAAUACAUUAAAAAACAUUAAAAUGGACGCUAUAAAACAAAUCGAAACAAUUAGUACAAAGAUCAGAGAAUAUUAUGUCACCGUAACAGAAUACGAUAUUUACGUAAACGAAGGAGAAUUUUACAAUUCAGCAUCUAUGAACCCAUUCACAAUUUGGGAAAACAAAUUGUACCAAGACGAAAUUUCAAGUAUGUUUAAGGGUGAAAUCGUAACACUCAAUGCUGAUAUAGCAAAAAGUGAUCCCGAAAAAAGUGCCAUUAAAUUUAACAAAAUAGGAAAUUCCAACUAUAGAUGGAAUAACCAAAAUGUCAUUAUAAGAAGUCGAGAACAAGUCAUUUCUUAUCAUUUUGAAAAAAGAACAGAUGGAGAACUUGUCAACAGCAGCAAAGCAUAUCAAAAAAUUACAAAAGGUGAUUUCAUACUUAGUCCUUACGCGAUGUGGGAAAUACAACUUUUCGUUAAAAAGAACGCCGACUUUAGUGUAUUACACAGAUACAAAAAUAAAGUUAAUUUAGAAUUAGUGGGACAUGGAAAAUGGAUAAACGAAACUAAUAUUCCACCUAAUUCACCAUAUUUCAAUAU